CUUCCCAGCCCUGCUUUUCCUAAAUCUAACGUCAGAGGAUGUUCAUCACAGAGAUAUUUAUUACUCCUCUCAGGAGCAGAGCCAGCUCUUGCAGACAAGCUUCAAAAUCUUUCCUGCUUUAUCUCUGGGAUGUUUACUCUGCACCUUCACCUGCUGGAAGAAACAUCCUGACUCUGCUGUCCCUCUGUUUCACACUCGCCAUCAUCACCGGUGGCCUGCUUCAUCACUGGCUGUCCAAGACUCUGAGAUAUGACCAUGAAGCCUCUGCUCGGACCACCUGCAUCUACACUGUGGCCAUGGUUCUGGUCUCAUCCCUGUGUCACCCUCUGCGCUGCGUGCUGACUAUGAUUCUGCCCACUGUCUGUACCAAACAGGGGCGCAAACUCCUCAUCUCAGCCUCUGUCAUGAUUUUAGUGGUGAACGUCAUCCCUAAUAUUACAGUGAAUGUAGGGGCGGUGGCACACAUCCUGAAGUGCACCGCUGAGGGUUUCACAAAGACUUUAUUAAAUUCAUCUGAACCUUUGAACAAAGUGAAGCGAGACCUUGUUGAAGAAACCAUCAAAAUAAAGAGGGAAGACUUGAGCUUUGUGACUAAUUUAAGGAAGUUAGAUCAUUUCACAAAUGUUAAUGUUUCAGAAGUCAAACGGCAGUUUAAUGAAAUGAUUGGGCAGAUAGAGGUCAACUUCUCACACACCAGGAACCUGCUGAAAGAGUGUAAACUGCUGGCGAACCGAAUCCUUGCUGCUGUUUUUGUUGCUUUGCUAAUCUUUGAAUGCGCACGCUACUUGAAAUCCUAUCUGUCAUCAGUUCAGUUUGAUAAUGGCUACACCUCCAGAGAUCUCCUGAAAAAAGCAACUGCCACUGGUAAAAAAAGACCAGCUAAAAAAAAUAUCAGUUCCGCAAGCUGUAAAGUAACAAGUCAGGAGUGUACCUCUUGCUUCAUGUCACUGGUUGUGGUGACGUUAUAUUUCAUUGCAAUAACCGCAAUAGUAGCUUUGGAUCACGUUGUACAUCACAUAGUUGAGGCGAUUGUGCCCUGGUUACUGGAUUUUCCACCUACAUCUGCCGGCAUAAGUGUCAAUUAUAAGUUCCACUUGUUCUCCCCUGCAUCCUGUAUUAUCCCACAAUUCUGCGUCACACAGGAGCUGACCAACUUCCACAGGGAUUACAAGUGGACAUUCAGCCCAGAGCCCUCGCUCUGUGAUGUGACAACUUCAGCUCCAGACCUGAGAGUCACACUCCUGCUGGGAUGUCUCUGGCUGAUGAGCUACUCUCUGGUGUUCCUCGAGGUCUACGCCAGACGGCUGCGCAGGAAAAUCUCUGCAUCCUUUUUCAGAGAACAGGAGGAGAGGAGGAUGGCUUACUUGAUGAAGAAAAUACAAGAGAAACAGAAUAAAAAAGAGCAAAAACAGCCUGUUUCUGUUCAGGUUGUCUGUGGGUGAAGUUGUUUUGAUAUUUUUGGCCUUGCCUGCUGCAUGGAAAUAUCAGUCAUUCCAUCACUUUGGUCCAGAUGGAAAUAUAUCCAAAAAAUUCUCUAGAGGCAUAUUUUGGUCCCCAGAGGAUGAAGCUUUUCCUCAGACGCCACCAUGAGUUUAACAUUUAGGGUUUUAGUGAAAUGUCUCCACAGCCAUUGAAUGGAUUGUCAUGGGAUCUGUCACAGAUAUUGUGCCAAAACAAUGAAUCCUCAUAACUUUAAAGGUCCCCUGACUUGUCAUGUAGCAUCACCGGCAGGUCAAAGUUUUGUGAAAUCUCAAAAGUUACUUGAUGAAUUGGCACAAAAUGAAGUACAGAAAUUCAUGUAUCUAAUGAUUUUGGUGAUUUCCUUACUUUUCCUCUAGUUUCGAGAUUGAAAUGUCUCAACAAACAAUGCAUAACUUUGUUAGCUUAUCUUUUAAUCCAAAUAUCAGGCCAAAAUUUAAUUAUUCAGUACUGUUAAAUUCUGCCUCACAGAGCUGUCAGUGUGGCUGUCGACUCCAAGCCUUGUUGUCUACAGUACAGUUCUUCUUAGGUUGUAUAUCAUUCUGUUCUAGCAAAGACAUAAACUGAAGAAGGGGCUUCCUGUGUAUGAGUCACUGCCAACACCUUUUCUUUUGUAAGCGUGUCACUCCUCUACAGGAUCCUCUCAGGCGCCCACACUUAAACCUGAUGCGGUUUUUAUAGAUGUUGCACAACAUCUGCUGAGUGUGCAUCCACUCUUUAUUUUUUUUGACAUACACAUGCCUGGUAACAGCUUCUUUGUUUUCUUUUCAGAGGAAAGAAAACUGUACAUUGUAUUAUUCUGUGCCGUGUGUGCAGUGUUGUUUUUUCUCUUGUGUGAUUGUGGCUAUUUCUUGUGGGGUUUUUUUUUUGUUUGUUUUUUACACCUCAGUCCCACUAGAUGCCACUAUGGUGCUUUGGACAAAUGAGGACAGUACAUAAUAUAGUACCUCCAGUCUGUAAAUGAGCACUGAUAGAUUAGAUCUAGGCAAUUUUUUUUAAAAUAUUGUAUUGGCCUAGAUAACCAUAAUAAAUUAAAUGAAUCUGUUUCAUGCACACAUAAAAUAAUUCACCAGCCUAUUUUAGUGCGGCCUUAUAAAAAAGAAUCACUUCCUUUCUCUGAAAAACUCCUUUGCAUAUCAGCACGCUCCUGCUUAAAAUUCCCAUGAGGCUUCAGGAGUUUAUUUGAAGACCUCAUCUUAGAAUAAUAAUAGAAAACCUCUUUAUCAUCUAUUUUUACUCCUGACUUCUUAGCCACUUCAUGAUUGUCUCAAAAUUCAGCAGCAGUCUGUGUAAAGAUGAUGGUCCAGAAAUUAUAAAUAAUUCAUAUAUUUUCCUGUUACUAUGAAUUCCCACAUCAGUGUGUUGCUUACUAAGAGUGUGUGACAGCUCUGGUCUUAAGCUCAUUGGAAAUGCACUUAACUGAAAGGUGGAUUAUUGCUAAAAAUGUAAAUAAAAAUUAACCCCUAACGCCCUAUUUCCCCCUUCUGUCUCUCCUUUAGUAGCUUUAAAGUCACACAAAUCAACAUAUGCUUUAUCCUCCUGAAUAUAUU